CCAUUUCAAAACAAAAAACAAUUCAUAACCAAAGUUUUAUUAAUUUUUUGACGGGACGGCAAUCAUCUGGUGUGAAUUAAUUCCGGAGUCUAAAUUUGGAGUUCCCAAAGAAGGCAACGGUUUCCUCUUCGCACAGUUCUCUCUUCUGCCUUUCUAUCGUUACUCGCAGCACAUUGUUUUUGGAAUUGCCGGAGACGAGAUGUCCAACCGAGAUCGCAAUGAGAAUUUCUUGUCCCGGGCGAAACUGCUCACGAGCGGUACGAUGGAAGAAUACUUUAAAUUCAGCAGCGACAUCAUCGAGAGGUUCUUGCUUGAAAAGGAAAUGAGAGAAUUGAUUGCCGAAUACGACGAAAAUCUAUCAACAAGCGAUAUUCUUUACGGCAGAGGGGCAAAGGGGUUUAACCAAGAGACGUUGCAAAAAACGGCGAAAAUGUAUCUUCUUCAGAACAACAGGGAUUCGAGACUGUCGCCCGAUGAUACGUUAAACGACAUCGACAACCACAGGAGAAGGGGCAGGAACAAAGAAAACGACGUCAAGUUCAAAUCUAAAUGUAAAACACAAAAACACGAAUACGCGAUUGAUGACAUAGACAACCAAAUCGGCGCCAAAUCAAACGCGAACAACUCUUUCACUUUAUAUCCGGCGAGUACAGAUUUCAAGUUUAGGAUGGACGAUGAGGGUUCCUCAUUAGGCAAAGAUAAAAAAGGAGAUCUGCAGACUGUGAGCGAACAGCCUGACAAAGGAGAAGAUGAAACGCAAGAAAAACCAGCAAAGGAAGAAUAUGAGAAAAGUUUUGAACCAGAAGUGGUACUCGGCGAUGAGAGAAUUCUUAACAUGACUUUUUUCACUGAUGAAUUAAAAUCUCAAAACAUUGUGCAACAAACAGCAGAGGAGGGUGUCACGUCCAACAACCGGGACCCGACGUGCGUCACUCCGUCCGAUUAUCCUGCCAGUUCUAUAUGUUCGGCUUGUGCAAUACUGAAACAAUUGGAUGAGUACGAACGAAAUCAUUACAUAACAAAAACAAGAGCUCAAGAAUUGACAGAGUUGAGAAAGCUCAUAUUUCAAAGCGUAGACCAUAAAAUAGGCUGUAGGAAAAUGCGAAAGGACAUAUUUAAUAAGAAUUUGGAAGAAAAAGACAUGUCCGAGCUUUCGGCUGGAAUGAGUUCCAGUUCCGAAUCGCCCAUGGUACCUUUAAAAUGGGCAAAGGAGACGUUGAGAAAAGUAGGUUACGAAAGGGCGGUCGAAUUCAUCGCUCUUACCUACGAAGAAAAACUGCAGAAGUUCAAAAACUGGAUUCCGGAAUUCAUGAAAUAUACUAAAACCAAGAAGAAGCAGAGAAGUGGUGCGAGACGAUGUAAAGCGAGAAACCGUGGGAUACUCAGACGGUAUCCCCGUUGCAACAAUUCACACGACAACUGGAAAAUCGAAGGCUUGCGAGACCCGUUUUACUUCGGAUCGUAUGAAAACACAGGAGACCCGGAAAAAGCUGCGACAGAAUCGAAAAACUCCCACUCGGAUGAUCCUCUUUUUAAAUUGACGAGAAAUAAUACACAAGGCUUUCAUUUACUAUCAGACAUCAAAGUCGAUGAUGAAACAAGCGAUGAGGAAGAAAUUUAUGAAAACGUUUCCACGGGGAUUAGAAAUUUUUCAAAAUUUCCAGAAAACCUGGACCGACCCUUAAAAAAUAUUUACAACGACGCGCUUCAAAAUUGUCCGACCAGUACAGAUCAGCAGAUCGAAUGGGAAUGCCAUAUGCUGUCAUGUUUCCCUCCUUAUGAUAAAAUGAACGGAUUUUCUAUGCCGACUGCACAGCUUUUGUUUGAAAAUUACGUAGAAGACGCGAUUUCUGCCGGUAUCGAUGAGAAAACGAUGGCAGGUCCGUCCUUCAAAUACUCUUGGACGCCCGUCGAAGCACACGAUAAUAGCAGUUUCUUAGAUGAUGAAUUGCCGUUUUCGUACCCUCCACCUCCGUCUCCGGAAGAGUCCGAAUUGAGCGAAUACAAUUCAGACCAGACGAUGAGAAUCGUCAACCUUUUUGGUACUAUCGAAGCCGAAGUUAACAACGAUGGAAGGUCGCAUUGCAACCCAGAACAAAUAAUGCAACACGAUUUUUGCGACUGGCCGAUAAACGACGGCUUCGCGUCGCCGGAAGAAUGCGAAGACUAUUCCAUCGUCACCACUCCAGACCCGUCGUCGGAUGAUGCGAGCGAUUCGGAUUCGGAUGGGUCCGCGGAUAGUCUGGACACGGUCAUCAUCAAAGACAAACAUGACAAGGAGAAGCCGGUGAAAGCAGAGACGACUCAACUGUGCGAAACAAACGAAGAAAAAGAACUGGCACACGCCGUCGCGCAAGAAAUCAUUAACAGUCUGGAAAAUGAGAUAUACGCCGUUAUUCAGCAGAGCCAAAAAAUGGACCAAGGUAGCUCCCAGAAAUGAAAAAUUAAGCACAACAGCUAUUUCGAAAUGACUUCUUGGACUUCUUCUUCUUUGACUUCAUCGUACAAAGCGUAAAAAUACCGGCGCCGAGAUUUGAACUAGUGUCAUUUUAACUUUAAAAUAAACCAUUUUAUAACCUUUAA